AUGACAACAUCAUACUAUGUGAUCCGUAGUUUAUUUGAUAUUGCCCGAUUGUAUCCUCAAAAGGUAGCAAUAGUACUCGACAAUCAAGUAUGGACUUAUAGCGAGUUGAUUAUGCAAGUGGAACGUGUUGUAUAUCAAUUACAUCACUUAGGCGUAGUUCAAGGUCAAAUAAUCUAUCAAUUUGUCGAACGAAGUUUUGAGAUGAUAUGUGGCUUUUUGGCCAUCCUAUAUAUAGGUGGAGUGUAUUGUCCACUAAAUCCAAUACUGCCGCCUGGUCGUCUCAAUAUAAUUCUCGAACAAAUGCAAGGUCGAUAUGUUUUAAUACAUGAGAAAGCACUUAAGCAAUUUCCAAUAGCAACUGUUCAGCAUGUUAUUAUAUUGGAUAAUAUUCUUUCUCCAUCACUGGAUAUCGAAGUCAUGAGUGAUCUUUCAAUUUCUAGGGAGUAUGGUGCUGCAUUUAUCAUUUUUACUUCAGGCACUACUGGACCACCAAAAGCCGUUGUUCACACACAUAGAAGUUUUUCGGCUAGUAUUGCUGCUCUGAUUGGAUGGGACGUCGGUAUGUAUACUGUUCGAGAUCAGGUUCUUCAAAUUGCUGCAAGUUCAUGGAUUACACAUAUUUGGGAAAUCUUAUUGACAUUAGUCGUUGGUGGUACUCUUGUGCUUCUGCGACAAGGUGGUCUUUUCGAUGUGGCCUAUUUUUCUCGAACUCUAAUGCAUCAACAAAUAACGACACUACUAAUAGGUCCUGCAAUAAUUCGAGCUCUUACUAAUUAUAUUGAAAAUAGCCAACAAACAAAAAUAUUCGAUACUGUACGCCAACUAUGUGUGGGAGGUGAAGGACUGAAGCCACAACAGUGGACUCAAUUUGCUAAUUUGUUAAGUUCUUACAAUGUUCAAAUUUGUGUUCUAUAUGGUACGUCUGAAAGUGGUGUAGUUCUUGGAUGUCAGUUGUUGAAUAUCAAAGAUACAGAUAUUCCUAUUGGUUAUCCAUUACCAACUAUUCAAUGUUUGCUAAUCGAUGAUAAUGGUAAGAUUAUUAAUACUACAGAUAAUUCACACGAAAUUGGUCAAAUUCACAUAGGAGGACUAACUUUAUUUAACUGCUUUUUAAAUAAUCCAGAACUUAGCGGAAGCAGAUUUACAGUCAUAAACAAUCAAGUUUUUAUAAAAACAGGUGAUUUAGCUAGAUACAAUGAACAAGGAAAGCUUUUUUAUGUUGAACGUGUUGAUUUUCAAAUUAAAAUACGUGGCCAACGAGUCGAAACAACUGAAAUUGAAAAUACAAUUACGAAUUCGUAUCCUGGCAAGAUUUCCGACUGUGUUGUUACUAAACUGGCACGAAAUGAUGAUCUACUUGUUGCUUAUGUGGUCUCAAAAGAAUCCGAUCUCGAUACUGAACAAAUACAAAAUUAUUGCAAUAAACAUCUACAGCAAUACAUGGUACCAUCGAUCUUUGUCUUCUUGAAACAGUUGCCUUUGAAUGCGAAUGGAAAAGUCGAUCGACAGCGUCUUCCAGUACCUGAUAUCUCGGUUUUAUCGACUAAUGCUAUAGAUCGUCAAUAUUUAGAACCGAAAAAUGAAAUGGAAACGUUCGUUCAUUCGGUAUGGUGUAAGAUCCUUGGCUGUAAUCGAAUCUCGACGCGAACAAACUUUUUUAGUAUUGGUGGUCAUUCUCUUCUGUUUAUUCAAAUUUAUCAAUAUUAUCAAACGUUAUUUAAUUUGGAUGAUGAAGCAAUAAAUAUUCGAUCAUUCUUUGAACAUAAUACCAUAGCCGAACAUGCUCAACUGCUAGAAAAUAUUAAGAUGAAUAAUAUACAAACAAAAAAAUGGCAGACAUUACAUAUUAAUCAAUGUAUUGCAUCGUACGCUCAACAGCGCAUAUAUCUUGAUGAGAAAAUGCGUUUUUCUGGAAAAGUUGCUAUUUACAAUGAAUUAACUGCUCUACAAAUUACGAAAGGUUCAAUAUCAAUGACUCGCUUAUUGCAAGCUCUUCGUUGUGUUCUAAGCAUACAUAAGAUAUUAAGAACUUCUCUAGUUUUCAAUGAUGACGAUAAUACUUUAAAACAAUCUAUCACUGAUAAACAUCUGACAUUUGCAUUGGCUGCCGAUCAAACAUUCAAAAGUGAAACUGAACUUCACAACAUUAUUUCACAAAUAAAUACUAAUCCUAAUCUGUUCGAUUUAUCCAGUGGUCGUGUUUUUUAUUGCCAAAUACUCAGGCAACAGAUGAUACUUGAUGAAAAUCAUGAUAAAGAAACGCUUACAAGUUCUGAUAUUCUCGUUAUCGGCUUUCAUCAUGCUGCAAUUGAUCAAUCAAGUGCUUCAAUUUUUUUAAAUGAUCUGUGUCAUAGUUAUAAUAACAACAUGAUGUGGUUAGAUGAUGAAGAAUCAUUACAAUAUAUAGAUUAUAGUGUUCAUGAGCGUCUAAUCGACAUGACACUAUCACGCGAAUUUUGGCGUUCUCAAUUAAAUGGAUACGAUCAAGAAUGUCGAUUGUCACUACCAGUUGAUCGACAUUGUUUAUAUAGUGAUCAAAGAUCUGGACAUGCUUCCAUUGCUCAUAUCUCAUUUGAUAAAGAGAUUUCGACAUCAUUUCUCGAUUAUGCAUCUUCACAUCAAGUCACACCAUUUCAGCUAGGUCUGGCUAUAUUCUAUGCAUUUCUUUUUAAGCUAACAUAUAGACAAAAUGAUUUAUGCAUUUCUUGUCUGAAUGCAAAUCGAUACAGGACUGAAUUACAGAAUAUGAUUGGAAUGUUUGUUUCAACAUUACCAUAUCGUAUUCGAAUUGAUUCUGACUGGUCAUUUGAUGAACUUGUUGAACAUGUGCGAGAAAAAUGUUUAUCAAUUCUUGAACAUUCUCAUUAUCCACUACAGUAUGUUCUUACUGACUCUCAAUUUAAACAGUCAAACGUUCCAUUUCUUGAAACAUUGUUCAAUUUUACCACUGUCUCUGAAAAUAGUCAAUGGUCUAUUGACACAGCGACGUUGCAACAAUUACCAAUGCAGCAAUCUUAUGGUGCUGCAAAAUUUGAUUUUGACUUGACUUGUCUUUACAAUCCAGCAUCCGAUGGAAGUAAACUAUCAUUCUGUCUAACAUGCUCGCGUGAUCUAUUUGAUGAGACAACAGCUAUAAUCAUAGUUCAAAGAUUAAAACAUCUUGUCGAUCAACUUUUUUCAUCAAAAUCAAUUUCUGAUGAAAUUAAUCCAAACUUUGUAUCUAUAUCGAAACUUAGCUUGAUUUUACCGACAGAAGCUAAAGAAAUUGAAGAUACUGUCUUCUGUCGACAACAGAAUAUUGUCAAUGAAGCACCAGCAUCAUAUGCACAAGCUCGCAUUUUGUCUGAUGAACGAGUUCGAUUUGAUCCAGACAAUCCACAACUCCCAAUCUACAAUAUGCCUUUUCUCUACCAUCUUAAUAAAGGCCAUACUUUAUCAAUACAACAACUUCGACAGGCUCUUCAGCUAAUUGUUAAAAAACAUCAAUCAUUUCGUACAUUACUUAACUUUGAUACCGAAAAGAAUUUAUUCAUGCAAAGAAUUGUUGACAUCUAUGAAGAUAAUAAUAGAUUGUAUGCAUUUACUGAAAACACUUACGAAACACAAGAACAACUCAAUCAUAUCCUACAUGAAGAAAGAUAUAAUCCUGAACUUCUUGAUAUUUCCCAAGGUCUUGUCUUCCGUUGUCAUCUUGCCUACUACAAACAAAUCUCUUCAAAUCAUCUACUUUCUGACCGAGAUGUAGUCAUUUUCAAUUUCCACCAUGUUCUAUUUGAUUCUCCAUCAAUGAAUAUUUUCCUUCAUGAUCUCAAUCAAGCAUAUUCAACUAGUCAAUUAUUAUAUGAUGAUAUCACUACUCUACGUUAUCUCGAUUAUGCUGUUAUUGAACAACAAAUGUCAAUGAGUGGUGCAAGUAUGUUUUGGCUUGAUGCUCUUCAUGAUUGUAAACUUGAUCAACCUUUGUCAUUACCAUUUGAUCGAUAUCGUCUCUCAAAUGAACAUCGAACUUGUCAUACAACAUCUAUUUCUUUUGAUUUUGGUCAAGAUCUUUCACAUCACUUUAUUACUCAUACAUCCUUAAACAACAUAUCACUUGAACAUCUUACAUUUGCUAUUUAUUUCAUCUUCCUAUUUCAAUUAACUAAUGGACAAACAGAUCUAUGUCUAGCUAUAAACAUCAAUAAUAAUCGAUAUACAGAUGAACUCAAAUCAAUCAUUGGAUUGUUUGAGAAUGUUAUUCCGUUACGGUGUCAAUUAGAUCCUCAUUGGUCUUUUCAUCAAGUACUCGAACAUGUUCAAGAGAUAACAACAAAUAGUAUGAAAUAUUCAUAUUUUCCACUUCAACGUAUUCUCGAUCAACAUUCCCAUGUUUCGAAACAUGCGUUUUUGGAUACAUCUCUAGAAUUUAUAUCAUUUAUCAACAAUAAUGACAACAAUGCAACGAUGAUUGGUGAUUCUCAACUUGUUCCGGCAUCUUUCUCAUUCAGUAUUAAUGAAGAUGAGAUAUUAAGUAUAUCCGACUUCUCUCUUUCAAUUCAUCAGGAUUUGAGCGUGAAUCAACUAUCAUGCACAAUCAAUGCAUCACUUGACUUGUUCAAUAGAGAAACAGUAGAGAAGAUUUUACAACGAUUUCAUUUCAUCUUACAUCAAUUAUCUGCAUCUAUGAUUGACAAUCAAAUGAAUAAAUCAAUAUAUGAAAUAUCAUUAACAUUACCAAAUGAAAGAUUACUCAUACAAUCAAUGAAUAAUACACAAGUGCCAGUUUGUCCUGACACUUGUAUUCAUCAUGAAUUUGUAUAUCAAGUAAUGAAAUAUUCACAAAAACUAGCUGUUGAACUAGAUGAACAAUCUCUAACAUAUGCUGAAGUUUUGCAUUAUGUCCAAAUAUUAUCUCUGCAUCUUAUAAAUAAACAUGUUGUUGUUCCAGGUGAAGUCAUUUGUCAAUGUGCCGAAAGAAGUUUGUCAAUGGUGAUUGGUAUAAUGGCAAUUGAAAUGAGUGGUGGUGUCUAUUGUCCAUUAUCAUCCCGAGAUCCACAACAUCGCUUACAUGCUCUCAUACAACAAACACAAAGUCGUCUCGUUCUUGUUCAUUCGUUGACAAAAUCAAAAUUCAAUAGUAAAAUUGUUUCGAUUGACAUUCAUUCAACAUGGACUAAUAAUGAUCUAAUCAGUGAUGUUAACGUUGAUCGACUAUCAACUAUUACAGUCACAUCAAGUAAUAUUGCUUAUAUCAUUUUCACUAGUGGUUCAACGGGAAUACCAAAAGCGAUAAAAGUACGACAUAUAAAUUUUGCUGGAUGUAUAAACUCUUUGGUUGGCAGCAAUACACUCAAUAAACAUGAUACUGUUGUUCAAAUGGCUCGAUGCUCAUUUGACCUUCAGCUUCAAGAAAUACUUGGUGAACCAUUUUCUGUUAAACUUAGGACUUUAAUCGCAAACAUUGGUAUACCAGACUGUAUUGUAUGGAAUCUUUACGGUUCCACUGAAAUAACACUCGUCUCUACAUAUCAUCUGGUUGAUAUUCAGUCCAACGGUGCAAGCAUUUCAGUCGGUACAUCACUACCGAACUAUCAAUCGUUGCUCUUAAAUAAAUUCUUGCAAAGCACAUCUAUUAGUCAAAAAGGAGAAUUAUUCACUGGAGGUGUUGGUGUCUUUGCUGGUUAUCUUGGACGUGAUGAUUUAACUGCCAAAGCACUCAUUGAAGUCGAUGGCGAAUUAUACUAUCGAGUAGGUGAUCUUCUUCAUAUGGAUGAAAACGGUCUUCUUCAUUAUCAAGGAAGAAAAGAUCAUCAAAUCAAACUGCAUGGACAACGAAUUGAAGUUGGUGAGAUCGAACGAUGUCUACUUAACAUUAUAUCCAUCUCUGCUUGUGUUGUCAUGAAGUGGAAUGAUGAUUAUUUAGUUGCAUAUGUUCAAAGUUCUGAUAUUACUGAACAGGAACUGCGUGAACACUGUCAAUCUCAUCUUCCACCACAUAUGAUACCAUCUAUAUUCAUGAUACUUGAUAAAUUACCUUUGAAUCCAAAUGGAAAAAUAGACAGAAAACAACUUCCUUCACCGGAAUUUGCAUUAUUACCUUUCUCCUCGUCCGAUAAAUCUGAUACUCCUCUUAAUCAGUUCGAAGAACGUAUACACACUAUUUGGUCUCAAGUUCUUCAUUGUAAUGAAAAUUACAUUUCUAGAACUACCAGCUUUUUUAGCAUUGGUGGCCAUUCACUUUUAUUGAUUCAACUUUAUCAUCACUAUCAAUCAGUAUUUACCUUUGAUGCUCAUACACUUUCAAUUGCUCUAUUUCUUCAACAACCAACUAUAUUUCAACAUUCACAAUUACUUCAAACAGUUAUAAUGAAUAAUAUCAAGAUAGCACAGUGGCACACCUUGCAUAUAAAUGAAGGUAUUGCCUCUUUUGCUCAAGAACGUAUCUUUCUUGACGAACAAGUUCGUUUUUCGAGUGAUAUUGCUAUCUAUAAUGAACUGAUUACAUUACAAGUUGUUCAAGGAUCAUUAUCAUUAAAUCGUUUAUUACAAGCAUUUCGAUUUGUUUUGAACACACAUAAAAUAUUACGUACAUCUCUUAUGUUUAACAAUGAUGAUGGUAUUUUGAAACAAUGCAUUACAAAUCUACAUAAAACAUUCACAAUAACUAUGAAUCAAACCUUUCAAAAUGAAAAUGAACUUCGAGAUAUUAUUUAUAAAACAACUACCAAUCCUCAUCUCUUCGAUUUAUCAAUUGGUCGUGUUUUUCAUGCUGAAAUACUAAGAUAUCAAGUGUUAUUAAAUGAAAAUGAUAACAAUGAAUUCAUAACUGAUUCUGAUGUUCUUCUCAUUGCUUUUCAUCAUGCAGCAUUUGAUCGAGCAAGUUCUUCGAUCUUUUUCAAUGAUCUAUGCUUAGCUUAUAAUACUAAUGCAAUAUCAGAAGGAGGAGAAGAUGAUGAUGAAUCAUUGCAGUAUAUUGAUUAUAGUAUACAUGAACGUCUAAUUGAUAUGACAACAUCUGGUGAAUUUUGGUAUUUACAAUUAGAAGAAUACAAUUUCGACUCUCCAUUGUUAUUACCAGUUGAUCGACAUCGUUCAUCCAAUGAUCAUCGAUCCAAUUCUGCUUUUACUACUCAAAUCUCUUUUGACAAUGAAAUUUCACAAUCAUUUCUUGAUUAUGCUUCCACACAUCAUGUGACACCAUUUCAGUUAGGUCUGAGUAUAUUAUAUGCCUUUCUUUUCAAGUUAACGCAUGGUGAAUAUAAUCUAUGUAUUUCUUGUUUGAAUACUAAUCGAUACAGAACUGAACUGCAAAAUCUAAUUGGAAUGUUUGUUUCAACAUUGCCAUAUUGUAUUCAACUUGAUCCUCAUUUGUCAUUUGAUGAUCUUGUUAAAUAUGUACGAGAGAAAUGUUUAUCAAUUCUUGAACAUUCUCAUUAUCCACUUCAACAUAUUCUUGCUAAUUUACAUAUUAAUCAAUCAAAUAUUUCAUUUCUUGAAACAAUGUAUGACUUUAUUAAUAUAUCCUCACACAGUGACGAAUUAUCUUUGGAUGGAGCAAGUUUCAGACAUGUGUUAUUUGAACAAUCGUUUGAAGCGGCUAAGUUCGAUUUUAUGUUAACAUUUGUCUAUAAUCCAAUGCUGGAAAAUAGUAGAUUAUCAUUUCGUUUAACUUGUUCACGUGAUUUAUUUGAUGAGAUUACAGUUACAAAUAUUGGUCGAAGAUUCGAAUACUAUUUUCAACAACUGUUUUCAUCGAAUGAAACUAUCAAUCGAACUGAUACAUGUUUUACAUCUGUAUCGAAAAUUAAUCUUAUUCUACCAGAAGAAACUCAAGAACUGGACGAUAUUAUAUUUUGUCGACAACCACAUAUUAUAAACGAAGCACCAGCAUCAUUUGCACAAGCUCGUAUUUGGCUUGAUGAAAAAAUUCGAUUCGAUCCAGACAAACCACAAGUAGCAAUCUAUAAUAUGCCAUUUGUCCAUCGUCUUCGAUCAGGUCAUACUUUAUCUGUGAAACAGCUUCAUCAAGCUCUACAACUCACUAUUGGCAAGCAUCUCUCACUACAUACAUCACUUAUCUUUGAUACAGGCAUCAAUCAGCUCAUGCAACGAGUUAUUACACGUAAAGAUAAAUACACUGAUAUGUUUUCAAUGGUCGAAACUAUUUAUGAAAUGGAUGAACAACUGAAUGAAAUUUUACAUGACGAGAAACGUAAUCCUCAUCUUUUUGAUCUUGCUCAAGGUCUUGUCUUUCGAUGUCAUCUUGUUUACUACAAACAAAUCUCCUUAGAUCAUCUUCUUUCUCACAGAGAUCUACUUAUCUUCAACUUUCAUCAUGCCCUAUUUGACUUUCCAUCGAUGGAAGUGUUUCAUCAUGAUCUUAAUCAAGCAUAUACAACAGGUCAAUUAUCAUAUGAUGACAACACUACUCUGCGUUAUCUCGAUUAUGCUGUCAUUGAACAGCAAAUGUCAAUGACUGGUGCAAGUAUGUUUUGGCUUGAUAUUCUUCACGGUUGUAAACUUGAGCAACCUUUAUCAUUACCAUUUGAUCGACAUCGUCUCUCUAAUGAACAUCGAACUGGUCGUGGGACAUCCAUUUCAUUCGAUUUUGGUCAAGAUCUCUCACAUCACUUUCUUACUUAUGCAUCAUCAAAUAAUAUAUCACUUGAACAACUUGCACUUGCUACUUAUUAUGUGUUCUUAUUCAAACUAACCAAUGGAGAAAGAGAUUUAUGCAUUGGAAUAAAUACACAUGGUCGAUAUAGAGAUGAACUUGGAUCUAUUAUUGGAAUGUUUGUGAAUGCUAUACCUUUGCGAUGUCAACUUGAUCCUUAUUUAUCAUUUGAUAAACUCACUAAGCAUGUUCAAGAUAACAUGAUAAACUGUAUGAAAUAUUCAUAUUUUCCACUUCAACGUAUUCUCAAUCAACAUCCAAAUAUAUCAAAUCCUGUAUUUCUUAAUACAUCAUUUGAAUUUAUACCGUCUAUGACAAGAGAUGAGGAGAAUGAAAUAAUGAUCGGUGAUAGUCGAUUUUCUUUAAUACCUUAUUCAAUUAAGAUCAGUGAAGAUGAAAUAAUGAGUAAAUUUGAUUUUAUUCUUAGUUUUCAACAUGAUCUAAAUCUAAAUGAAUUCUCAUGCACCAUUAAUGCUUCACUUGAUUUAUUCAAUGUUGAAACAGUUUGUACAAUUGGACAAAGAUUGCAGACAAUGUUACAUCAACAACUCACAUCUUUCAACUGUACAACAAACAAACCUAUCUAUGAAUUAUCAUCAGUAUUAUCAAAUGAACAAUAUCUAAUACAAUCAUUGAAUAAUACACAGAUAUCAUUUCCAUCCCCUCUUACUUGUAUUCAUCAUGAAUUUGUGUAUCAAGUAAUGAAACAUCCACAAAAGCUAGCAGUUGAACUAGAUGAACAAUCAUUAACAUAUUGUGAACUCUUACAUUAUGUUCAAGUAUUAUCUUUGCAUUUGAUUAACAAAUAUCAUGUUGUUCCAGGUGAAAUCAUUUGUCAAUGUGUUGAGCGAAGUUUGUCAAUGGUGAUUGGUAUUAUGGGGAUUGAAAUGGCUGGUGGUGUUUAUUGUCCAUUGUCACCUCGAGAUCCACAACAUCGUUUGUAUGCACUCACACAACAAACUCAAAGUCGUCUUGUUUUUGUUCAUUAUUUAACUAAGACCAAAUUCGAUGAUGAUAUUGUUUCACUUGACAUUAAUUCAAUAUUAAAUAUGAAUGAUAUGGAUGGUAACAUGAAUUAUAAUUGCCUUUCAAGUGUGGGAGUGAAUUACAAUGGGAUUGCAUACAUUAUUUUUACUAGUGGUUCAACUGGAACACCCAAAGCGGUUCAAGUUCGGCAAAAGAACUUUAUUGAUUGUAUGCAGUCUUUGGCUUAUAUCAACGCAUUUAAUAAAGAUGAUAUAGUUGUACAAAUGACAAGAUGUUCAUUUGACAUUCAUGUUCAAGAGAUACUUGGGACAUUGUUAGUUGGAGGCACGUUGAGUGAACCUUUUUCUAUUCCUUUAAUUGAUUUGAUUGCAAAAAUCCGUAUAACAAACUGUAUUGUGUGGAAUUUGUAUGGUCCAGCAGAAGCAACCAUAGGUUCUACAAUUCAUUACGUGGAUGUUAAAAAUGAUACACAGAAUAUUCCAAUUGGGAGACCAUUUUAUAAUUACCGAUGUAUGAUUAUGAAUCAAUAUUUACAAUCGUCUGUUGCCGGUCAGGAAGGUGAACUGCUAGUGGGAGGAGCGGGUGUGUUUGCUGGUUAUCUUGAACGUGAUGAUUUGACAGCAAAAACUCUUGUUGAAAUAAAUGGUGAGCUAUUUUAUCGAACAGGUGAUCUUGUUACAAUGGAUAACAAUGGUCUUCUUUAUUAUCAAGGAAGAAAAGAUCAUCAAAUCAAACUACAUGGACAAAGAAUUGAACUUGGUGAGAUUGAACGAUGUUUACUAAACAUUACAUCUAUUUCUGCUUGUGUUGUCAUGAAAUGGAAUGAUAAUCAGCUAGUUGCUUAUGUUCAAUCUUUUUCUCAUAUGAAUGAAGAAGAACUACGUCAACAUUGUCAAUCUCAUCUUCCACCACAUAUGAUUCCAUCUUUCUUUAUCAUUCUUGAUAAAUUACCUUUGAAUCCAAAUGGUAAAAUAGACCGAAAACAACUACCUUCACCCGACGUUUCUCUAUCGACUUUGUCAUUGUCCGACAAAUCUGAUACUCCGCUUAAUCAGUUCGAAGAACGUAUACACACUAUUUGGUGUCAAGUUCUUCAUUCUAACGAAAAUCACAUUUCUAGUACCACCAGUUUUUUUAGUGUUGGUGGUCAUUCACUAUUGUUUAUUGAACUUUAUCAUCAUUAUCAAUCAGUAUUUAACUUUGAUGCUCAUACGCUUUCCAUUGCUCCAUUUCUUCAACAACCAACGAUAUUCCAACAUUCACAAUUACUUCAAACAGUUAUAAUAAAUAAUGUCAAGGCAACACAAUGGUACACCUUACAUAUAAAUGAAGGUAUUGCCUCUUUUGCUCAAGAGCGUAUAUUUCUUGAUGAACAAGUUCGUUUUUCGAGUGAUACUGCUAUCUAUAAUGAACUAUUCACUUUACAAAUUGCUCAAGGAUCAUUAUCAUUAAAUCGUUUAUUACAAGCACUUCGAUAUGUUCUGAAUAAACAUAAAAUACUACGGACAUCUCUUAAGUUUAACAAUGAUGAUGGUAUUUUGAAACAAUGCAUCACAAAUCUACAUAAAACAUUCACAAUAACUAUGAAUCAAACCUUUAAAAAUGAAAAUGAACUUCAAGACAUUAUUUAUAAAACAACUACCAAUCCUCAUCUCUUCGAUUUAUCAACUGGUCGUGUUUUUCAUGCUGAAAUACUAAGACACCAAAUAUCACCAAAUGAAAAUGAAAAUAAUAGCAAUGAGUUCAUAACUGAUUCUAAUGUUCUCCUCACUGGUUUUCAUCAUGCAGCAUUUGAUCGAUCAAGUCGUUCAGUCUUUUUCAAUGAUCUAUGUUUAGCUUAUAAUAAUAAUGCAAUACCAAUAGAAGAUGAUGAUGAAUCAUUGCAAUAUAUUGAUUAUAGUGUACAUGAACGUCUAAUUGAUAUGUCAACAUCUCGUGAAUUUUGGUAUUUACAAUUAGAAGAAUACAAUUUGGACUCUCCGUUAUCAUUACCAGCUGAUCGACAUCGCUUAUCUAAUGAUCAUCGAUCGAAUUCUGCUUGUGUCACUCAAAUCUCUUUCGAUAACGAAAUUUCACAAUCAUUUGUGGACUAUGCUUCUGUCCAUCAUGUGACACCAUUUCAGUUGGGUCUAACUAUAUUAUAUGCUUUUCUUUUCAAGUUAACACAUGGUGAAAAUGAUUUAUGUAUUUCUUGUCUUAAUGCUAAUCGAUAUCGAAAUGAACUACAAAAUCUAAUUGGAAUGUUUGUUUCAACACUACCAUAUCGUGUUCAACUUGACUCUCAUUGGUCAUUUGAUGAUCUUGUUAAAUAUGUACAUGAAAAAUGUCUAUCGAUUCUUGCACAUUCACAUUAUCCAUUACAACAUAUUCUUGCUAGUUUACAUAUUAAUCAAUCAAAUAUUUCAUUUCUCGAAACAAUGUAUGACUUUAUUACUAUAUCGUCACACAGUGGUGAAUUAUCUUUGGAUGGAGCAAGUUUGAAACAAGUGUCAUUCGAACAAUCGUUUGAAGUGGCUAAGUUUGAUUUUAUGUUAAUAUUUGUCUAUAAUCCAAUGUUGGAAAAUAAUAGAUUAUCAUUUCUUUUAACUUGUUCACAUGAUUUGUUUGAUGAGAUUACGGUUACAAAUAUGAGUCGAAGAUUGGAAUAUUGUUUUCAACAACUGUUUUCAUCAGAUGAAACUAUUAAUCAAAUUGGUACAUGCUUGACAUCUAUAUCAAAAUUUAAUCUUAUUCUACCAGAAGAAACUCAAGAAAUGGAAAAUGUUAUCUUUUGUCGACAGUCACAUAUUAUAAAGGAGGCAUCAACAUCUUUUGCACAAAUCCGACUAUGGCAUAAUCAGUCUAUUCUUUUCACUCCUCACAUAUCACAAGUACCAAUCUACAACAUGCCCUUUGUCUAUCAUCUACACUCACACCAUACUUUAUCGGUACCACAUCUUCGUCAAGCACUUCAACUAAUCGUUACAAAACAUCAAUCUCUUCGAACAUCACUCAUAUUUUAUGCAGAAAACAAUCGACACUUGCAACGAAUCAUUGAUAUGAACGAUAAUAAUGGUCAACUAUUUACAUUUAUUGAAAGCCCUUACGAAACACAAGAACAACUCAAUGAUAUCAUACAUAAAGAAAAAUGUAUUCCUCAAUUUUUUGAUGCUGCUCAAGGUCUUGUCUUUCGAUGUCAUCUUGUUUAUUACAAACAAAUCUCUUCAGAUCAUCUUCUUUCUCAUAAAGAUAUACUGAUCUUUAACUUUCAUCAUUCUGUAUUUGACUAUCCAUCAAUGAAUAUCUUUCUUCAUGAUCUCAAUCAAGCAUAUACAACAGGUCAACUAUUAUAUGAUGACAGCACCACUAUUCGUUAUCUCGAUUAUACUGUUAUUGAACAACAAAUGUCAAUGACUGGUGCAAGUAUGUUUUGGCUUGAUGCUCUUCAUAAUUGUAAACUCGAACAAUCUUUGUCAUUAUCUUUUGAUCGAUACCGUCUUGCAAAUGAACAUCGAACUUGUCAUACAACAUCUAUUUCUUUUGAUUUUGGUCAAGAUCUCUCACACGACUUCGUUACACAUGCAUCAUCAAACAACAUAUCACUUGAACAUCUCACAUUUGCUAUUUAUUUCAUCUUUCUAUUUAAACUUACUAAUGGACAAACAGAUUUAUGUAUUGCAAUGAACAUCAAUAAUAAUCGAUAUAGAGAUGAACUCAAAUCAAUCAUUGGAUUGUUUGAGAAUAUUAUUCCAAUACGAUGUCAAUUAGAUCCUCAUUGUUUCUUUCAUCAAUUACUUGGACAUGUUCAAGAGAUAACAACAAAUAGUAUGAAAUAUUCAUAUUUUCCACUUCAAUAUAUUCUCGAUCAACAUCCACAUAUUUCAAAACAUGCAUUUUUGGAUACAUCUCUGGAAUUUCUAUCACACAAGAGUAGCAAUACAAUCAUGGUUGGCAAUUCUCAACUUGUUCCAGGAUCUUUUUCAUUCAAUAUUAAUGAAGAUGAGAUACUAAGUGCAUUCGACUUCUCUCUUUCUAUUUAUCAUGAUAUGAACAUGAAUCAACUAACAUGCACAAUCAAUGCAUCAAUUGACUUGUUCAAUAGAGAGACAGUGGAGAAGAUUUCACAACGAUUUCAUUCCAUUUUAGAACAAUUAUCUGCAUCUAUGAUUGAUACUGAAAUAAACAAACCAAUCCAUGAAUUAUCAUCAGUAUUAUCAAAUGAACAAUAUCUAAUGCAAUCAUUGAAUAAUACACAAAUAUCAUUUUCAUCGCCUCUCACUUGUAUUCAUCGUGAAUUUGUGUAUCAAGUAAUGAAACAUCCACAAAAACUAGCUGUUGAACUAGAUGAACAAUCAUUGACAUACUGUGAACUUCUAUAUUAUGUUCAAGUGUUAUCUUUAACUCUUCUUAAUGAAUAUCAUGUGUUUCCAGGUGAGAUCGUAUGUCAAUGUGUUGAGCGAAGUUUAUCAAUGGUGAUUGGUAUAAUGGGAAUCGAAAUGGCUGGUGGUGUUUAUUGUCCAUUAUCACCGCGGGACCCACAACAUCGUUUGCAUGCACUCACACAACAGACUCAAAGUGGUCUUGUUCUUGUUCAUUAUUUAACUACGACCAAAUUUGAUGAUGAUAUUAUUUCAUGUGAUAUUGAUUCAGUAUUAACGAGCUAUGUCAUUGAAUCUGUUAUUGAUGUAACUCGACUAUCGAAAGUUGCAACAGUAUCACACGAUGUCGCAUAUAUUAUUUUCACAAGUGGUUCGACUGGAAAACCAAAAGCGGUCCAAGUUCGUCAUGAAAACUUCACUCAUUAUAUAUACUCAUUUGUGAGCGUUACCACAUUGAAGAAGGAAGAUACAGCUGUUCAGAUGGCUCGAAGUACUUUUGACGUCCAUCUUCGACAAAUUGUUGGUGUUUUAUUAGUUGGCGCUACAUUGAUUAUGCUACGUGCAAGAGGAAUGGCUGAUUUUGAUUAUCUAGCUAAUUUGUUAUACAAUAAACAGAUUACAUAUUUGAAUACUGCACCAGUUUUAUUUCAAAGUUUUUUCAGUUACCUUAGUCUGUAUAAGAAAACAUAUGCUGUAACGUAUCUCAGAUCACUUUGUAGUGGAGGGGAGGCAUUUGCUUCCAAACUGAUUGAUCUGGUUCAAGAGACCAAUAUUCCCAAUUAUACUAUCUGGAAUUUAUACGGUCCUGCUGAAACGACGAUUACAUCUACAUUUCAUCUCGUUGAUAUAAGAGCUUCUACAAAGUUUAUCCCAAUUGGCAGACCACUUUCAAAUUACCGAUGUAUAAUUAUGAAUGAAAAUUCACAACAAUCAACCCCGAAUCAAGAAGGUGAACUGUGUAUAGGUGGAGUAGGUGUAUUUGCUGGUUAUCUUGGACGUGAUGAUUUGACAUCAAAAGCUCUUGUUGAAAUAGAUGGCGAACGGUUUUAUCGAACAGGUGAUCUUGUUACAAUGGAUAACAAUGGUCUUCUCCAUUAUCAAGGAAGAAAAGAUCAUCAAAUCAAACUACAUGGACAAAGAAUUGAACUUGGUGAGAUUGAACGAUGUUUACUUAACACUACAUCAUCCAUCUCUGCUUGUCUUGUCAUGAAAUGGAAAGAUGAUUACUUAGUUGCUUAUGUUCAAAGUUCCGAUGUCAAUGAAGAACAACUACGUCAACAUUGUCAAUCUCAUCUUCCACCACAUAUGAUACCAUCAAUAUUUAUUAUUCUCGAUAAAUUACCUUUGAAUCAAAAUGGAAAAGUAGAUCGAAAACUUCUACCACCACCUAGUUUUUCAUCGUCAACUGAUAAUAUUGAUGGUAAUGUGCCGCACACCACGUUAGAACAACAGUUACAAGAUAUAUUUUGUCAAGCUUUCCAUAUUGAAUCUCCUCAUGUUGAUGUUCCUUUUGGUCAACUUGGUGGAACAUCAUUGGGUGCUAUUCUUGCACUCACGUUGAUUCGUCAACAGGUGUGCAAGAAGGUUGACAUUGGUCUGUUAUUUACAAAUCCAUCUGUUCGACAAUUGGCUCAAGCUAUAGAACCUUUGUUAGUUUUCGAAGAAUCACAAGAAACAACUUGCACAGUCAAUGAAAUUCAUGAAACACAUGAUCGUCUGACACCUUCAUUCGUUAUCGAAUCUUUAGGUAUUGUACUCCUCGUUUGCCAGUGGUUGUUGCCAAUCAUGAUAAUUCAUCAAUGGUGUCCACUUCUUUUUCCUAUCUUACCAAUAUGUCAUCUUUUAUCCUAUGUCAUAUGUUCACGUCUACUUUCACCACGAAACAUUAAAGGUGGCAAUAUUUUCUCUUGGAGCUAUUAUCGUUGGUGGUUUUUAGAUCGACUAUGGGAUAAUAAUACAUUCUGGUUGCAACAUAUGCUUGGUACACCUUUGUACAAUUACUAUCUUCGUCUUUGUGGUGCUCGAGUUAGUCAUAAUGCACAUAUUUAUACUCUAACUACUGAUGCUCCAUGGCUGUUAGAUAUUGGUGAUAAAACUUGGAUUGCUGAUAAAACAACUCUAAAUUGUUUAUAUUACAAUGAUAAUAAUACUUUUACAUUGCAUUCAAUUAAAACUGGUUGCUAUUGUUCAAUCAGUGCUCGUUCAAUUCUGUUUGGUGGAGUUGAAAUGCUAAAUAAUAUUAUUGUUCAGCCUAUGUCAUCAGUCAGUGGUUUCAUCGCAUCUCGAACAAUUAUCGAUGGUGACAAACAUAAAUCGGUUUCAUCAGACAUUUCAAUCACACAUAGUAACAGAUCAUUCUCAAUAUGGCACAAGAUCUACCAAGUUGUUACAGUCAUCUCAUUGAUUUGUAUUCAUUGUACACUCUUAGCCAUUGUCUACAAAGUUUAUUCAGUUAAACAAAUACCACUACCUAUUAGUAUUGCUUUUUGCUGGACUUUAUGGUCUAUUCUUGCUUGUUUUAUUACUCUUCUCCUACUAAAAUUCGUAGUAGGUUCUUGUGCUGCUGGUGAGAUAUAUCCAAUUGCAUCAUGGUCAUAUUUACAUAAAGUGUGGCUUCGUCAAUUGAUUGUAUCUAGUUUUCAUCAUGCCUGGUUACUACCAACUGGAUAUGAUUAUCUUUAUCCUUUUAUUCUCCGUUGGCUAGGUGCUCAAGUUGAAGAUGAUGUCAAACUUGCAAAUAUAGACAUCUUCUUAUCCUAUCCAACAAAUCUGUUGAAACUUGAAACAGGUGUCACUGCUUUUGGUUAUGUGUUAAUAGUUCCUACUGAAAUAACACUUUCAGGUGAUCAUCGUGUGGAUUGGAUAACGCUCCGAUCUCAUACAAAUCUUGCGAACGGAUGUUCAAUUUUGCCCGGUAGCCAUCUUACAUCUCAUACUAUGGUUGGCAAUUUGACACGUAUCAAUCGAGAAACGAAUAGCAACUACGGAGAUGUUUUCAUCGGUGUUCCAGCUCGUGCUAUGCCAUUUCAAAUGCCCAUUAGAGAAGCGAUGGAAGAUCAAAUUGAAACUAUUUCAUUUUGCAAAACAUGUAUUUCUUAUUAUAUUAGCAAAUGUCUUUUUAUAGGUAUCUAUCUAUCAUGUGGUCUUGUUGGUGGACCAAUCAUUCAUACAAUAAUUGUAUGCAGUCUAUAUCGAUGGUAUUCAUAUACAGAUAGUGAAAUAAUCAAACAAAUCGUACAAAAACUGCAGGUCGAUCACAGAAUUUUUAUUUGUUCAUUUCUUGGCAAUACACAAUGGCUAAUUCGUUUCUUUCGAGCAUAUGGUGCGAACAUCGGCAACAAUGUCAUCAUACCUGAGGUUUCGUCUCUUUUUGAUUACAAUUUGUUGACUAUUGGAGAUCAUGUUCGACUUAAUAUCAAUGCUCAUAUUGUGUGUCACACUUUCGAACAACGUAUUCUGAAACGAGUUCCUGUUACAGUAGGCAAGUCGUGUAUACUUAUGAGUGGCUCAGUUGUGAUGUCGGGUUGUAAAUUAAUGGGUAACAAUCGGCUUUAUCCUUUUACACUCAUAAUGAAAAAUGAUUUAUUGCAACCGAACACACAAUGGAAAGGACUUCCUGCACAAUCUUAUGUAGCAAAACCAGUAUUAUCUCGAUCUGCACUCAUUUGUGAUGAUGUCGUCAAAUGUAAACAGAAAUCUAAGAACUUUGACCGACUGUUUUUGUGGAAUGAACAAAUUUCAAAUGUCUAUACGAAUGUCAAUGAACUACAAUUUAUGAAUUGGGGUUAUGCAGAUUUGGAUGAGCAUAUUAAUGACAAUACUGGUUACUAUUCGGAGAAACUUUAUCAACAAAUUCUUGCUAAUAUAACACUUACAGAUCAAAAUAUACUCGAAGUGGGUUGUGGCAGAGGUGCUGGUGCUGCCUGGUGUGUUCGUAAAUAUGCUCCUCGUUCUUAUGUUGGAAUGGAUCCUUCUCGAAAUGUCAUUAACCUAUGUCAACAAACUUACUCAACAACUCCUCGACUCUCGUUUAUGGUAGCUGGUCUAAAAACCUAUUUAUCAUUUCAAAAUGAAUCAAUGGAUGUUGUUCUUUCGAUUGAAACAACAAACAUUUUUGAUGAAACACAAGCAGUGAAGGAAUUUGUCGAUGAAAUUACUCGUGUGCUUACUCCUAAUGGAUACUUUCUCUGGUGUGGUUUGUGUAAUGUAGAUGGAUCAAGUUUAUUGAUUGAUUAUUUAACAGCAAAUAAUGGAUUUAUUAUCAAAGAAAAGGCCAAUAUUACAAGAAAUGUUCUUCAUGCACUUGAUAUGCAAAGUAACUCACGUGCUGAUUUUAUUGACCGUUAUAUUCAAUCUGCAGAUCAAGAAUAUUGUCGUCUAUUAGCUGGAUUACCUGGCACUGAACUUUAUGAUAAUAUGCAACAAGGAAGGACAGAAUACUGGCGAGUUGUAUUCCGCAAGAAGAUUACAACCGAUACACCUCUUAUUUAA